AUGGGGUUCAAGUUCACUUUCCUAUGUGAUCUGCUCUCGUCUCUCGAGGACAACAGGAUCCUAAAAGCAGCUACCGAAAAUAGGAAUCGAAAUCCGGAUGCCCGCACUGUUACACAAUGGUUUGUUCGGCAUGACAAGAAGCUGCGUGAUCGCGAAACCGACCGACUCGCUCUCCUUUCGUGCAUGUUCCCGGAGAAGCGAACGGACCGCGUUUAUUGGUUGAAGGAUGCAAAUUUGGCCAGGGUCAUCGGCAGAUGCUUAUUGCUCGGGCUGUCCCGUCGCGAGGAACUUGAAAAAUGGCGAGUGGCUGGUGGAGCAGACCUCGGUCAAUGCGUCGAGAAUGUAAUGCGACAAGCGGAAAAUCAUGUUGUCGGAGGUCAAGAGGUCACUGUGGAGGAGAUUGACAAGGCACUGAAUAUGGUCGCCUCGCGCUGUCGAUUCUCUGGACCAAAUAUCCGACGCCAGCGUUCUGCUGUCGAUGUGGAAGGGACGCUCUCACCGUUAUACCGCCGGCUCAGCAGCAGGGACGCCAAAUGGCUGACGCGGAUGAUCCUCAAGACGCACUUCUCCGAUAUUCUGCCGGAAAGGUUGACGCUGAAGAGCUUCCAUUUCUUGCUGCCGCAUCUCUUGCUCUUCCAGAAUUCAUUUGAAGCCGCCGUGAGCUUGCUCUCGUCUGAACCAAUCAUACAUUUCCCACCUAGGCCUGAGAUAGGGUAUGCGAAAGACUUGGGCAAAAUAGCUCUGCAUCAUCUCACUCCGACAAUUGGGAUCAAGGUCGGAAGACCGGAGUACUAUAAGGCACGAAGCAUCAAGCAUUGCUGCAAUAUGGUUGGACAGCAGAGGAUGAGUGUUGAGAGAAAAUAUGACGGCGAAUAUUGCCAGAUACAUAUCGAUCUCUCGAAGCAUUCGGGUUCCAUUCAGAUAUUCUCUAAGAGUGGCAAAGACUCCACCUCAGACAGGGCAGGCGUUCAUCAAGCCAUUCGAGAAUCCUUGAGAAUUGGUAGGGAUGCCUGUAGAUUCAAAGAACGUUGCAUCCUUGAGGGUGAGCUCCUUGUUUGGAGCGACAAGCACCAAGACAUCAUGCCCUUCCAUAAGUUGCGCAAACUGAUCUCUCGAUCUGGCGUCUUCAUUGGGGCAGAGAGCGAUUCUCCGCCCCAGCCUUAUGAACGCUUGAUGAUGGUGUUCUUCGAUAUACUCGUCCUCGACGAAAAGAUACUUCUUCGGAAGCCGCAUCGAGAGAGGCGGUUGCUUCUCAAGGACACAGUACAAGUGAUUUCGGGUGUCGCUGAUAUCGCUGAUCAGCGUAUCAUUGACUUCUCCCGCUCCGAUAGUCUAUCUAAGCUUGAGACGCUUUUCUCCAAGGGAAUUGCUGAACGAUGGGAAGGCUUCAUUCUGAAAGGAUGCGAGGACCCAUAUUUCCCGAUACUGGUUGAUUGCGGAACUAGCUGCGAAGGCCGCUGGAUCAAGCUCAAGAAAGAUUACAUUCCAGGCCUGGGCGACACAGUAGACCUUGCAUUGGUCGGUGCAGCUUACAAUGCUUCUGAUGCUUCCAUGCUAAAGCUCGCAAAGAAGGAGACUUGGACACAUUUUUUCGUGGGAUGCCUUGAAAACAAAGAGGCUGUCUUGCAGUCCAAUGCCCAACCUAGGUUUCGCGUUAUAGACGUGAUCGAUCACCAUGGCAUCAGCCAGAACAAUAUGCAGACUCUCAACAGUUUUGGUAAGUUUAGCGCUCACAGCGUAGACUCUGACCGCGGGAUCGACAUCACAGACAUAAGACCGGGCAUGCCUCACAUCGAUGUCGUCUUCAAAACGCCAUUUGUUGUUGAAGUUCUGGGAAGUGGUUUUGAGAAGCCGUCAGGCGCCCGGUAUUACACGCUCCGUUUCCCCAGGAUUCUGAAGAUUCACUCAGAUCGGUCCCUCGAAGAUGCUGCUUCCUUCCGAGAGCUACAAGUUCUGGCUGAGGCAGCGGUAUCCGUGCCCUCGGAAGAGCUCCUCGAACAAGAAGCAGAGUGGGCGAACCGCAUUAGAUCGGGUACGUCCAAGCCAGAGUAUCAAUCAGAUGAUUCACAAAGCUCGUCUACCAUCAGCUCUCCUGCUUCUGCGAAUGGUAUCCCCAUAUACGUUGAUCGUCCGACCUCCUCUAAUUCGUCAGAUGGAUCGGAAGGAGCUGCAGACAGUGUCCUCACGAGUAAUGAAAAUGUGUCCUCACAGGCAAAUACUAGAAAGCGAAAGGCAACGGCGUCCGCACCUGAGCCAUGUCUUAAAAGUGCCUGUCGAGAAUCAAAGAACGCCCAGUCAGUGGACGAAGGCAUAAAUUUGACCUUGACUGUCACGUCUUCAUCACAGUAUAUGGCAACCAUAGAAGGCAGUCUUCUCAAUAAUCCCACCACCACAAGCGUCCAGGUGAUCUCAGUUAUUGGGCAUAAAGGGAGCCUUGAUGAAACACACCGAUCUCCUCUCACCACAGUUCCCAUCUACAUCCAUCCCAGUUCUGCCUCUAAGCUCCAGUCACUAAAUGGUCUCAAAAAUAUUGCCAAAACUAUAGAGGAGUUCCUUCUCAUGUUAAUAUCCGAGGACCACGAAUCCGAUUCAAACAAACCUAACAUCGGUCCAGUCUCUCAAAAUAUGACUCUGGGAAUCAUGUUCGCUGACUAUUCCAAAUACCCCCUGGGUCCGGCACUUCUCCAAUUAAACGAACAAAUCUCCCAGGCCUUCGCCGCACCCUCGUCCAAAAAUCACUUUCAAGGCCGGAUCUUCCUCCUCAGCUCGGACUUUCUCCAGCUAGACUUCGACUGGACUAACAGCAAAUUUUGCCUUCGCAAGACCUGGGAGAAAAUAAGCAAAGCCUACUUCUACGCUUGUAUAGCCUGGGACGCCGACAAACACGUCACCCCUGGAGAACCUCUCGAUGAGAUUCCCAGCACGCCCUUGGAUAAUGAUGAUGUCGUUGGAAACUCUACUAUUAAUACCAAUGUUGCCAAUACCACCCGACGGCCCCGUCCGAGCGCGAUUCUGAGACGAAAUUGUGUAUCCGCACCUAUACUCAAGCCAAAGCUCAAGAUAUUGUUCGACAGAAAGCUGAUUUUGGAACUUGGGCAACUUACCUCCUUAGACCCCUUGGUGAGGGCUGAUACGCGGGCUGGGUAA